AUUGGGAUGUCAACAAAAACUUCAUUCUGUGGCGCAACUGCCAGUAAAAUGUUUCAUUUAGAAUAAAAUUGUGUAAAUAUCAAAAAAAAAUAAAUUGUUUGACUACAACUAACCAUGCUCAUCGGAGCUCUGCAUCGACUGGUGAAUAGAGCACCUAGUGUAAGUAGUUUCCUUCGAAUAAACUCGCAACGGGUCCCUACGUUCCGGUUUGUAUCCGGCAGACCGGAUCCAGAUGCCGCCCGGAAGCACAAAAUUCGAACCACCAUCUACUAUGCGGCGGCAGCCUGCGUGAUGACCGUGGGCAUGAGUUAUGCAGCCGUCCCGUUGUAUCGGAUGUUCUGCCAGGCGUACAGCUAUGGCGGGACAACCGGUGCGAACCAUGAUGGCGAAAAGGUUGAAUCCAUGAAAAAGAUAAAAGACCGGGUCAUCAAGAUUCGAUUUAACGCUGAUAUCGGUGCCUCGAUGAGGUGGAACUUCAAACCUCAGCAGCCGGAAAUAAAGGUCGUUCCUGGUGAGACGGCAUUGGCAUUCUAUACGGCAAAAAAUCCGACGAACCACCCAGUCAUAGGCAUAAGUACCUACAAUGUGAUUCCGUUUGAAGCUGGAGCGUACUUCAACAAGAUUCAAUGUUUCUGCUUUGAGGAACAGCAACUUAAUCCCCACGAAGAGGUUGACAUGCCAGUGUUCUUCUACAUCGAUCCGGAGUUCGUCGAUGAUCCUCGGAUGGAGCUGGUUGAUUCGAUUACCCUAUCGUACACAUUCUUCGAAGCCAAGGAGGGUGUCAAUUUCCAGAUGCCUAUAUAUGCGACGAAGCACGGUGCGAAAUAAACGGUAUUGUUAAGUUUUAUCA